UUGGGACAGGGUUGGGGGGUUGCUGGCACACGUGCUGGGUCUCUGCAGCGGCAUGGAGGCCUGCAUGUCUUCACUGCUGGUGUUGGCGCUGGAGGCCCUGUUGACAGGCAGCUCCUUUGCAGCCCAGAUCAUCGGGGGCCGGGAGGUGGCCCCCCACUCACGCCCAUACAUGGCCUCGCUGCAGAGGAACGGCUCCCACCUGUGCGGGGGGGUCCUGCUGCACCCGAAAUGGGUGCUGACGGCCGCACACUGCCUGGCCCAGGGGACGGCCGGGCUGAGGUUGGUGCUGGGGCUGCACGCCCUGGACGGCCCCGGCCUCACCUUCCACAUCAAGUCCAUCGUCCAGCACCCUCGCUACAGGCCGCCCCCUGCCCUGGAGAAUGACCUCGCUCUGCUUAAGCUGGAAGGGAAAGUGAGGCCCAGCCGGACCAUCCGGCCCCUGGCCCUGCCCGGUAAGCCGCAGGUGGUCGCCGCGGGGGCCCGGUGCAGCGUGGCUGGCUGGGGGCUGACCCGGCAGGGUGGGCACCUGGCCCGGGCGCUGCGGGAGCUGGACGUCCAGGUGCUGGACACGCGCAUGUGUAACAACAGCCGCUUCUGGAGCGGAAGCCUCUUCCCCAACAUGGUCUGCCUGGCGGCUGCCUCCAAAGACCAAGCUCCCUGCAAGGGUGACUCAGGCGGGCCCCUGGUGUGUGGCAAACGCCAGGUGCUGGCCGGGGUCCUGUCCUUCAGCUCCAAGAUCUGCACCAACACCUUCAAGCCCCCGGUGGCCACCGCUGUGGCACCUUACCUGCCCUGGAUCAGAAGGGUCACUGGCUGAUGCGGCCUGAUGCCCUGGGGUGAUGAGGACCCCCCCAACUCUCUCCAGGGGACCCUGCCCCUUGGAGGUGCAGCAGAAUUGGGGGAAUGGGUGGGAGGGGCAGGGAGGGGACCAAUAAAUCAUAAUGAAGCAACACUCA